GUGGGAAGGUCUCAUUGGAAGUUUAAAGCUUCAGUCCUUUUUUAUGUUUCCAAGGGCAAAACGAAAAGGGCCAACUGGAUUUUAUGGAAGGAAUAGAGAGAUAGGGUUUUCUGGAACGUCUGGAUAGUGGGGAGAUUGUGGUUGGAGAUGACAGUUCCUGAUAACUCUGGAGAGGUUGGGCUUCCGGAAGCUGUGGCAGAACAUCCAGACACAGUUUUUCAGCUUCAAAUGGAAUUCUUGAGAGCAGGAGCAAAUGUCAUGCAGACUUUCACCUUUUCUGCCAGUGAAGAAAACAUGGAAAGUAAGUGGGAAGAUGUGAACGCCACUGCCUAUGACCUCUCCAGAGAAGUGGCUGGCAAAGGUGAUGCUUUGGUAAUGGGGGGAUCUGCCAGACAUCGAUAUAUAAACACCACAAGGAUGAAGCAAGAGUUAAAACACCUUUUGACAACAGCUAGGGGUUUUUGCCAGAAAAAAAAAAAAGUGGACUUCUUGAUUGCAGAGAGAACAAUGAAAUUUCCCUUAGUCUUUUGACGUGUGGGCCAGGGAAGUCUUAAAGGAAUCUGGUAAACCUUGGCAGCUACUAUGUGCAUAGGCCCAGAGGGAGACAGGCAUGACGGAACACCUGGAGAAUGUGCUGCUAGGCUGGUGAAAGCAGUGUCGACCUCAUUAUUAUUUUUUUCUUAUUUCACUUGUCUCUGUUUUCACCCAUUUGGGAGAACAAUCGGAUCAUCUCCUCUGAUCAUCUCAGGAAGGC